AUGGCACCUCCUCAGGAAGCUCUCGACUUCGUUGACUUCGUUAACGAGUCGCCAACUCCCUACCACGCCGUCCAAUCUGCCUCUGCUCGCUUCGAAAAAGCCGGUUUCAAGCUCAUCCGCGAGCGCGACUCGUGGGCUUCGACCCUCCGCCCUGGCGGCAAGUACUACCUUACUCGCAAUGCCUCGACCAUCGUAGCUUUCACCAUCGGCAGCAAGUGGCGUCCUGGUAACCCUGUCGCCAUUGUCGGCGCUCAUACCGACUCUCCCUGCCUUCGACUUAAGCCUGUUUCCAAGAAGACCAAUGUUGGCUUCCUUCAGAUUGGUGUUGAGACAUAUGGUGGUGGUAUCUGGACCUCUUGGUUCGAUCGCGACUUGAGUAUUGCAGGUCGUGUUCUGGUUAAGGACGGCGAUAAAUUCGUCCAGAAACUUGUCAAGGUUGACAAGCCUUUGGUCAGAAUUCCAACCCUGGCUAUCCACCUCCACCGACAGACCAACUUCGACCCCAACAAGGAGACUGAGCUUUUCCCUAUUGCAGGACUUGUCGCAGCUGAGCUGAACAAGGACGUCAAGAAGGAGAAGGUUGAAGAGGAGAAGGACGAUGGCGAAGAUGAGGAGUUCAGGCCCCUGAAGGUUAUCACCGAACGACAUCACCCUCAGGUCCUUGAUGUCAUUGCAUCUGAGGCAGGAGUUGAGGUGUCCGCGAUCGUGGACUUUGAACUCGUCCUCUACGAUACUCAAAAGUCGUGCAUUGGUGGCCUUAGUGACGAAUUUAUCUUCUCCCCUCGUCUUGACAACCUCGGCAUGACGUACUGUUCGGUAGAAGGACUAAUUGAGUCCGCCAAGGACGAGUCCUCGCUCGAACAUGAUAAUACUAUCCGAUUGACCGUUUGUUUCGAUCACGAAGAAAUUGGCUCAACCUCGGCCCAGGGUGCCAACUCUAACCUAUUGCCCUCUGUUCUCCGUCGUCUCUCAGUCCUCCCUGGAAACCGGGAUGCUUCCAGCGAAGGUAGCUAUGAGGCCGUCCACCAUGAAGGUGAGGACGCCACAGCAUACGAACAGACUCUAUCACGAUCCUUCCUUGUGUCUGCCGAUAUGGCUCACUCUGUGCACCCCAACUACGCUGGCAAGUACGAGUCCUCUCAUCAGCCAGCUAUGAACGGCGGUACCGUCAUCAAGGUCAAUGCCAACCAACGAUAUGCUACAAACUCUCCUGGAAUUGUCCUUAUACAAGAGUGCGCUCGAACAGCUGGUGUUCCCCUCCAGCUUUUCGUUGUCCGCAACGACUCCCCCUGCGGUAGCACUAUCGGACCUGGUCUCGCCGCUGCCCUGGGUAUGCGAACCCUUGACCUCGGUAACCCGCAGCUCAGCAUGCACAGCAUUCGUGAGACAGGCGGUACUGCGGAUGUCGCCUAUGGCAUCCGCUUGUUCAAGGGAUUCUUUGAGAACUAUGGGUCACUGGAGCCCAAGAUUCUCAUAGAUUAA